AUGGAAAACACUGAAGAAAAACCUGUUGUUAAGACUUCGGAAUAUUGUAGAAGUUUAGAUGAUUUGCAAGCAACAGCUUUAUCAAUUAAUUACAAUGGAACAUUUCUCUUACUUGCCGGGCGUCGUCAUUUAGCAGUUCAAAAUUUGGAAAACAAAACUGAACCUGCAAAGAUGUUUCAUCGGAAUUCAAAGUUCGAAGUCUCAUGUGCAGAGUUUGCAAUUUGUCAACAUUCAUCGAAUCUUUGUGCGAUAGCUACAAGUCAACUGAUUCAAGUUGUAACAUGGAAAGAAGCAGAUCCACUAUUGGAACAUUCAUUAAGAGCUCAUACCAGAGUAGUGACCGACAUUGAUUGGCAUAGUCAUCAUCCAUACAUGUUAGCUACAUGCUCCAUUGACACUUUUACACAUCUUUGGGAUCUUCGAGAUCCAAAGAAACCAAUUUUAUCACUUUCUGCUGUUUGCAUGUCAGGAGCGACUCAAGUUGGUUUCAACAGGGUUAGUGGACAUUUAAUUGCAACUGCUCAUGAUGGGGAUUUAAGAAUUUGGGAUAUAAGGAAAGGUUCACGUCCUGUACAAUACAUAACAGCACAUCUUAAUCGAAUUCAUGGUAUCAAUUGGAGUCACGAACAAGAAACUCAUUUAGUGACAAGUUCACAAGAUGGUUCAGUAAAGUUUUUCGACAUUAACAAUCCAAGAAGAGCUGAAAGAAUUAUCACCACACCGACACCAUCUCCUGUAUGGAGAGCUCGCUACACUCCACCUCAGUUCAAAGAUGGUUUAGUGACAAUUAUUGUCCCUCAUCUUGGGAGUUCAGAUUCAAGUGAAAAUUCUUUAUUGUUGUGGAAUAAUUCGAAGAACAGUCAGGGACAAUCAACUCCGGUUUGCUCAUUUGAAGGCCAUACUGAUGUUAUCCUUGACUUUGCUUAUCGCAAUCGACGAGGAUUAUUAUACGAUACAGAAGAUUUAGAGAUUUGUACUUGGUCUCGUGAUCAAACGUUUCGUGUUUGGAAGUUAGAUAAAGAUCUACAAAAGCUUUGCACGCAGAGCUCAAUUGAAACAGAAAAUGGUGAAGUUGCAUUAGAUUAUCAUCAAGGGACGAGUGUUCAGCCAAGUUGUUCCCUUCAACAUGAACUUUCUUUGAUUUUCUUUCCAAACAUUCCUGGCGUCCAAGAUUACGAAUGUGAUCCGGUGAAGAGAAAUGCAAUGAUUCGUAUUGCUGCUAAUGGAUACAUAAUUGACUUGCAAGUCAUUUUUCCAAGUGGAUAUCCCGUUCUGAAUCAACCUCCUGUCUUUGAAUUCUGUCAAAAUACGAGUUUAGAUGAGAAUUUAUCUCUGAAGUUGAUGAAAGUGUUGAAAGAGACUGCAUCGAGUCGUGUUCGGAAAGGAAGAACUUGUCUUGAACAAUGUUUAAGAAAUCUUGUGAUUGAUUUAAAGAAAGAAUCUGGCGGGGACAAAGCGCACCUUCGUCUUCAAUCGCCAAGACUCGAAGGUGCUUUGUCAGGUGUUCUUGAUGCUUGUAUUCCGUUUCCAAGAACAAGUGGAGUUCGUUUUAAUGCUGUCGGCAUGCUCGUGACUUUCACUCGUCCUUUUACAGUGAAGAGAUUUAAUUUAAGAAACCAAACAACACCAAGGGCUUUAUCAGCUCUUUCUGGUGGAUAUUUAGGAAAUGUCAAUGGAUCAAAGCCGGUUUUUUAUGCUCAACGUGAAAAUGCUUUGGAUCGACAAAAGUCACGUUCGAUUAGUACGACAGUUUGUAUUUACGACGCUUCAAAACUCUUUCUUGUCAAUAGAGAAAUUGCUGAAAAUUAUCUCAUUGAUCCAAAUAAUAUUCCUGAAAUGUGCCGACAUAAUCGAAAGGUUGCUGAAGAUUUCGGUCGACCAGAUUUAGUUCAAUGUUGGAGUUUAGCUGAGAUGGUCGCAACUUCAAACGAUGACAACACAACAAGCGACGAUGAAAUGUUUUCAACUCAAAAUCCUUUUGCGAAGAAUCUCCUCGAAUCUUUAAUUAUGCAUUUUGCGAAAAUUUGUGAUGUUCAAACAGCAGCCAUGUUAUGUGUCACUUUUGGACGUUAUUGUCAAGAGAUAUCGUCGAGAACAUCUUCAUUUUCCACUAAAUCAAACACAAGUCAAAGUGCAAGUCCAUAUCAUACUGUAACAGCUAUCGACACAAACUCACAAGCAACAAUGAAGUACAACGCUCGACUUCUAGCGCAACAUUUGAAAGGUCAAACGAGAAGCAAUUCAUGGAGUGAAUCUCUAGCGGAUGACUACAAGAUUAACGAGAUAACCCGAAGCUUGCUUGGGGAUUCCAACCGUUACUUUUACGAUACUUUGAAGAAGUCUUAUGCUGACAUUCUUUACUGCUUCGGUCUUUUACCUCAACGAGCACAAGUGUUGAAAUAUCUUUCAGUUCCUCCCAGCACAUUUUGUAGUGGAGUUGAAUAUGUUACCGAGUGCCAGACAUGUAGAAAAACCACUCGUGGACCUUCGUGUCUUCAUUGCAAGAAAUAUUUACUUUACUGUUCACUUUGUCAACUCCCAGUCCGUGGUGCAGCCAAUGCUUGUCUAAGUUGCGGUCAUGGCGGUCACACAGCGCAUCUUAUUGACUGGUUUAACAAAUAUGACGUCUGCCCAACAUGCGGUUGUCGAUGCAUAGAGAAAAGUGGAAAUAUAUUAGAACUGUAAAAUUAAUUAUUUUGACAUUAUUUUGUGAUUUCUCAUUACAACAAAUUUUAAUAAAUUUAUUCAAAUUAUUUACAAUCUCAUCGAAAA